GCACGCACACACAGAGCGGCAGACAUGAACCCGGAGCAGCAGAUGGAGCAGAGGGGGAGUCAGUGGAGCAUCACCGUGUUCGAGGAGGAAUACUUCCAGGGAAAGUGCUGUCACUUCACCAUGGAGUGUCAGAACAUCCUGGACCGAGACUUCAGGAAGAUCCGCUCCAUCAAGGUGGAGAACGGACCGUGGGUGGGUUACGAGUACCCGGAGUACCAGGGACAGCAGUUUGUGUUGGAGAAGGGAGAUUAUCCGUGUUAUCAGGCCUGGAGUGGAAACAGCAGCUACCGCACUGAACACCUUCUGUCCUUCAGGCCCAUCCAUUGUGCUAAGCACAGUGACAGUAAGGUGUCCCUGUACGAGUGUGAGGAUUUCCAGGGCCGGAAGUUCGAGCUGUGUGAUGAUUAUCCGUCUCUGCAGGCCAUGGGCUGGUGCAGCAAGGAAGUACCGUCCAUCAAAGUCAACUCCGGAGCCUGGGUGGCGUACCAGUUCCCAGGUUAUCGUGGUUAUCAGUACAUCUUGGAGAGAGACCGACGCGAGGGCGAGUACAGAAACUACAACGAGUUCGGUACUCAGGCUCACACCAACCAGAUCCAGUCGAUCCGCAGGAUUCAGCAUUAAACACUGACACCCACACCCACCCACACACACACACACACCCUUCCUUGUACUUCCAUAAGCAAUGAUUAAACUGUGUGAAAACCCUC